GGGGACGUGGCCAUCUGGUGACAGAAAGUUUGCAACUCCAUUGGGUUUGUCGAAGAACAGAAUGUGUUGGGAAGACGGAUGGUGGGUAGAGGGAACGAAAAACGGAUGUAAUGAUAAUGAUUUAACGAAGGAUCUAGCGGAAGGAUUUAAGAGGGCCUAGCCAGUCGUGGACGAUUUGAUUUUGUGGCUCGCCACCCUAUCUACACUGGGUAUAAAUAUAUUUUGGCACUUUGAAAAUUUGGGAAGUCAUGGGGGUGCACGACAACGCCGACUCGAAAUACAGUCUAAUGGGUAGUGGAUCGAGUUUCUCAAAAUUCGCCGUAAAACGGUCGAAUGUCGUCGUAUUGAACGACAGUCCAAGCAAGCUUCUGAAACACGAGGAUCAGACGUCGACGCAGCGGGAGCAAGGAGGUGCUCAGCAACAUUCGGAAUUUACCGAUAAGAUCAGCAUUAGUUUACAGCAGCAGCGCAAGCAGCUGCCGGUUUAUAAGCUAAGCAAAAGAUUAUUGGAGGAAAUUAGAAGAAACAAUACGCUUAUUAUUAUUGGCGAAACUGGUAGCGGGAAAACUACUCAAAUUCCUCAACUGCUUUUGUCAGCGGGUAUGGCUGGAUCGUCGGGCUGCAUUGGUAUAACGCAGCCACGAAGAGUAGCGGCUGUGAGCAUAGCUCGUCGAGUGGCUCAGGAGCAAAACGUCCCACCUGGGAAACUGGUUGGAUAUUGCGUUCGUUUCGAAGAUGUGACGUCGCCUCAAACUCGAAUAAAAUAUCUUACGGGUGGCAUGAUGAUUAGGGAAGCAAUGACCGACGAAGUCUUGUCCGAUUAUUCUAUCAUAAUAUUGGACGAAGCGCACGAAAGAUCGGUGCAAACGGAUGUGCUACUGGGCGUCACUAGAAGAGCUCAAAAGCUAAGAAAUAUUAAGAGCUUAUCGCCCCUCAAAUUAAUAGUAAUGUCCGCUACGAUCGAUGUCGAUAAGUUUACAAAGUAUUUCCAAGCCCCGGCCAUAUACCUAGAAGGACGACAGCAUAUGGUCAAAAUGUAUCAUACAAAGAAAUCACAAAACGAUUAUACAUUUUCUGCCCUUGUCACAGCCUUUCAAAUACAUAGAGAAUCUCCAGCAAACGAAGAUAUAUUGAUAUUUUUAACUGGUCAAGAGGAAAUUGAAGCUGCAGCUGUUGCGGCUAGACAAGUAGCGAAGCAAUUGGAUGGUAAAGGUUAUCCUCAACUUAAGGUAUUUCCUCUUUACUCGGCACUAUCGACGCAUCAACAACUCGAGGCAUUUAAGCCCUCGCCCCCAGGAAUGAGAAAAUUGGUUUUAGCUACAAAUGUUGCGGAGACCUCUGUCACUAUUAGUGGAAUUCGAAGUGUCAUUGAUACCGGUGUCGUCAAAGAAAAGACGCAUCAUCCGACAACGGGACUGGACAUAUUGCGUAUAGAAAAAGUAUCUAAGGCACAAGCUUGGCAAAGGACGGGUAGAGCAGGUCGAGAAGCAUCUGGCAAAUGCUAUAGAACCUAUACAUUGGAAGAAUUUGAAAAGUUCAAAGAAAUGCCUAUCCCAGAAAUACAAAGAUGCUCUCUUGCUGGCAUUGCGCUGCAAUUGCUUGUUAUAGGAAUUGAUAUUACAACGUUUGACUUUAUGGAUAAGCCACCCGAUGACGCUAUUAAUACCGCAGUGGCCUGCCUAGAAAAAUUAGGUGCAGUGAAAGGUUCACCACCUCAACUAACGGCUCUUGGUAGAACAAUGUCGUUAUUUCCUCUUGAUCCAAGAUUUACAAAAGUAAUUCUCGCAUCUACAGAGCACAAUUGCUUAGAGGAAGCUUUAAUUGUGAUAGCACUUUUGUCAGGCGAGAAUAUUUUUCUCGAUCCAGUAGCUAAACGACAACAAGCAAUGGCAGUCAGAUCGAGAUUCUCUUCCGACGAAGGUGAUCAUGUGACACUCUUAAAUGUUUAUCGACAUUACGUAAAGGCCACACAAAAAAAGUCCUGGUGCCAAGAAAAUUUCUUACACUUUAGAAAUUUAGAAUAUGCAGUUAAUGUUAAAAGGCAAUUGACUGCACUUGCAGAGAAAGCGAAAUUAGAAAGUAGUAGUUGCGAAAAUAAUACGGAAAAUCUUAGAAGAGCUUUACUCGAAGGCUUAAGUGAAAAUUUAGCCGAAUUGCAAAGAGAUCAAACUUACGUUGCGGUUACGUCUAGGCAUCCUGUGACCAUUCAUCCAUCUUCGGUGCUCCAUGGUAUAAAACCACAAUUGGUGCUGUUCACUGAUGUUAUCCUCACUAAUAGAUGUUAUAUUAGAAGCCUUUCGAUCAUAGAUCCUACAUGGUUGCACAAAAAAUCUGAAUUUGAUUAAAGAAUGAAAAUUAAUUGAAAGUUGUAUGAAAAAUUAAAAAAAUUCAUUAAAGUUAUUGAAUAUUUAAGUUAAGAAAAAAGCCGAAGUAACUAUAAAUCUCACGACACUGUUAUAUAAGAAUACAAUAUCUUUUUAUACUAAGAAAAAUUUUAUAUUUAGUAAAAAUUCGAAAAUCUACGUUAUACAAACAGUAUUACGCUCCAAGUAAAAACUA